AUGAUCUUGAAGAAAACAUGCACUGCUGCAGAGAUAUGGGAAGACCUUGAAGCAUUAUUUCAUUCCAACAAAGAUGCAAAGGCUUUGCAACUCGACCUUGAACUUCAGAACAUCACUCUUGUUCCAGAAAAGAAUCUUGUCAUGUAUGCUGUUAAUGGUCUUAGUCGAAAGUUUGAUCAUGUUGCUGGAAUAAUCUGUCACAGUAGGCCACUCCCGUCUUUUCUUGAUACUCGCUCAAUGCUUCUUCAUGAAGAAUAUGUUCUAUCCUCUCAAUCGACAUCAUCAGUAGCAAACUCUUCAUCUCAUACCGUUCUUGUUGCUGAUCAACAACAUAGCAAUCAUGGAAAUCGUGGUGGAUUUAAUAAUCGUGGAGGAAGACAUGGUGGUCGGGGUCGCGGGCGUGGCGGAGGACGUGGUGGCGGACGAUGGUCUAAUCAGACUCAGCAACAACACGCCCCACCCGGUUGGGGUUUUGGGUGGUAUCCAUUGAAUGUUGCCGGUCCGGGUGUUCUUCCUAGCCCACAUAGUCUACAUCAGCAGCAACAUAUGGCCCAGUUUCAACAGUGGGUUGUUCCCACACAGCUGCUACAGUGA